GUACUACUUGUUUUACAUUUGCUUUUAAAGUAAAUCUAGUUAAAUUAAAUAAAUUAAAUAAAUUACCAUUAUUAAAUUAACCAGAAUGACUAUGUAUGCAACAAAUUGAAAGUAUUCACACAAGAUAUGGCUCAGACUGCAUCCAUAGUAUCACGCAUAGUGGCAUCUUCUAUAUCUGCUACUGUGAGAGCAGGUAAAAUUAUAAGAGAUGUUAUGAGUUAUGGAGAUCUAAAUAUAGUAGAAAAAGGCAAGAAUGAUUUACAAACUGAAGCUGAUCGUUGUGCUCAACGGUGUAUUAUUGCUUCGCUAAGUUCUCAAUUUCCAAAUAUUACUAUUAUUGGUGAAGAAGGAUCGACAAACUGUGAUGUACCACCUGAUUGGAUGGUGACAGAGCUAGAUCAAGAAAUAUUAAAAUUAAAAUUACCAGCACAUCUGGAAAAUAUUGAUCCUAAGGAUGUAUGUGUUUGGAUAGAUCCAUUAGAUGGAACAUCAGAAUAUACGCAAGGACUUGUAGAACAUGUUACAGUUUUAGUAGGAGUGGCAGUUGGGCAAAGAGCAGUUGGAGGAGUAAUACAUCAACCAUAUUAUAAAAAUAUUGAUAGUGGUAUAUUGGGACGAACUAUUUGGGGCAUAAGUGGUGUAGGAUUUGGUGGUUUCUCACCAACAAUACCUGUGGGUGGAAAAAGAAUAAUCACAACUACACGUUCACAUUCAGAUAGUAAUGUUCAAGCAGCUAUAAAUGCUUUACAUCCUGAUGAAAUUUUACGCGUUGGUGGUGCAGGGUAUAAGGUAAUACUUUUAUUGGAGGGAAAAGCCCAUGCUUAUGUAUUUGCUAGUAAAGGUUCCAAAAGAUGGGACACCUGUGCACCUGAGGCUAUUCUUAGCGCUGUUGGUGGCACUUUAACCGAUUUCUAUGGAGAAUUUUAUUCAUAUAAUGCAAAAACUUCAUUUGCAAAUGUAAAGGGUGUAUUAGCUACUGCUCCUGGUGAAAAUCAUCAAUGGUAUUUAAAUCAAAUACCAGACAAAGUAAAAGAAAAGUUGAAACAGUAAUGUAUAUAGUCCGUUUUCAAUUGAAAGAUUUAUCUUAUGCAUUUAUGCUUUUUCUCAAUACAAAAUAUUUCAAACACGAGAUUAGGGGAGAAUGAUUCUGAAAUUGUGUUUUAAAGUCUUUUAAGUUCUACAUAAUUGAAGACAAAUUAAAGCCUUUCACGUCUCAAUGUUUUAAAAUGAAUACAAAAAUAAAGCAACAAAAGAUUUAAAGCUUGUAAUAUUUCUACUAAAUAUCGAAAUUUUACAGUUUUGAUUUAAAUGUAUCUCGUAAUGCUCGGCGUAGAAUUUUUCCCGAUGCUGUUUUAGGUAUACUAUCAACAAAUUUGAUGCCACCCCGAAGUCGUUUGUGACUCGAUACACGAUCUGUAAUAAUUUUUAUUAACAGAUAAUAAAUAUAUUAAUUUGUCUGAUUU